AUGCCUAAGGAGAAGACUACCCGUGGCAAGGGCAAGACUGCGAAGACUGAUUCUGGCAAGAAGAAAAAGGACCCUAACGCACCCAAGCGUGGUCUUUCUGCCUACAUGUUCUUCGCCAAUGAGCAGCGUGAGAAGGUCCGUGAGGACAAUCCUGGCAUCAAGUUUGGUGAAGUCGGCAAGAUGCUCGGCGAGAAGUGGAAGGGUCUCUCUGACAAGCAGCGUGCCCCGUAUGACGCUAAGGCUGCUGCCGACAAGAAACGAUACGAAGAGGAGAAGGCCACAUAUGCUGCCGUAAGUGAGGAUGAAUAA